GGGACAUAUCCUUAGAUUGAAGUAAACCUCAUCACUUUACGCUUUUAGAAACUUGCACUUGUUUGUAUACAUUUUAUUGCCUAAUAUAAAAAUGCCUAGUCGUAUCACACCCUCGUCGGAAUACGAGGAGUCCUCGAAAGAGUGUGGCUUAUUACGAUACUAUUCCGUUUCGAAUAAUGGAUUUCUCCCCCAGCGCGAACCAUUGAGGCGGCUACCACACGCCUAUUAUACCCCAUGGGAGGCCAUACUCGACGAUCUCCCAUCUUUAAUCAAGCAGAGAAGAAUUCGAGAAGUUGUGGACAGCACACAGGUUUUGUCGACAAAUAAACUACACACAGAGGAAGAAUGGCGUCGAGCCUAUGUGGUUUUGUCCUUUUUAGCCCAUGCAUAUAUCUGGGGUGGUGACAAGGCAUCCGAGGUACGAAGUAUUCUUGGAAAAUACUAGGUAAACCUCAUACCCAUGGCGACUAACGAAAGAAUAGGUACUCCCUCCAGCAAUAUCAGUGCCAUAUAUUCAAGUUUCGGAGCAUCUCGAUCUUCCACCAGUUGCAACAUAUGCUGCGCUCAACUUGUGGAACUUUGUGUGCAGUGGAUCCGACUUCCGAGACCUUGACAGCCUCAAAGCCUUGCAUACGUUUAGUGGCACGGAAGAUGAAUCAUGGUUCUUCGCCGUGUCGGUGGCGAUGGAAGCCCAGGGUGCCUAUAUAAUUCCGAUGAUGCUCCAGGCACUUGACGCUGUCAAGUAUCGAGAUUACUCCGUCAUUACCACGGCUCUAGAGGAGUUGACGAUCUGCAUCGGAAGGAUUGGUGAAAUACUGGGUCGGAUGGACGAGAAAUGCGAUCCUAUGGUCUUCUACCACCAGAUCCGCCCAUUUCUAGCAGGAAGCAAGAAUAUGGGUGCCGCUGGCCUUCCAAAUGGGGUUUCAUUUUCGAAUGGUGACGGUGAAUUUCACUGGAAGCAGCUGAGAGGCGGUAGCAAUGGGCAAAGUUCUCUCAUUCAAUUCUUGGAUAUUGUGCUUGGAGUCGAACAUAAGUCGUCCGGAGGCGGGGUGAGUACAAGUCCGGGCUCUGGAUCAUCCUCGACAAGCGCAACAGGGGCAAUGACUUUCCACGAGGAGGUUCGCCUCUAUAUGCCGGCGCCACAUAGAGAGUUCUUGGGGUAUGUCUCGAGAAUGGAUAGCCUUAAGGAACUCGCUAGAGAGCCGGGAGAUUCAGAGGAACAAAGACAGUUCCAACGAGCAUUUCAUGCUGCCACUAAAGCUCUCGGUGAUUUUCGAAACAGACACAUUCAUAUCGUCACGAGAUAUAUCAUAAUACCGUCGAGAAGGCCAAGUCACCUUACAACGACCAACCUCGCUACGGUAUCGUCGCAGUCUAACCAACGGCAGGAAGGCGAGUUAACUGGGACGGGAGGGACAGCAUUGAUACCCUUUUUAAGACAGACGCGGGAUGAGACGUACUUAGCAGGAAUGGUAGAUCGAGACUAGAUAGAGAUAUAGAGUAGAUACCCAACCUAUCUGAGAUAGGUAGUUGAUAGAUAUUAUGUUAUGCAAUAUAUAUUAUGAAUUUUGAAUUGUCAGGGUAACUAGGUACCGGUACGAGCAACCCGCGAAUUUCGUCACGGGUACUAUGGGGAGCUGUGCUGGUGACAUGAGGCGGAGCUGACGAGAUGCGGAUGGUAGACGCACUGAUGCUGUGAUGGGGACAUCUGGAAUUAGGAGGGAAAGAAGCGGGU